AGAAUUCCCUGAUGCAAGAGAUUUGUGGACAGAUUGGAAAGCACGUGUAUUCGUGUGUGUCUGGUGUCUUGAGGAAACAAAUCUCUAGCGCACAAUAGCAGCGCAAUGUCAGUGGAGUGGACCCAUUACAUUCAGCCGACUUCAUAAGAUCAGUAACACAUUGCGAUACUCUUCCGACGUAUGACGAAUUUAUCGUCUUGUUCAAGAGAAACCGAGCAGUAAGAUCUAUAAGCUGUCCUCUGAGAAAAGAUAGAGUGUCACACAGGCCAAAGAGACGGAGACCAAAUGGCCAGAACCCGACAAGAAGCCUAAUUUCUCAGUGGCUGUUUUUUGCAUAUAUUUUUUUUUCCUUUCACUGUCACUCUCCAUCUGCCUCCGUCGCAGCAGCCAAGUCUGUUUCAUAACAACCAGUUGUGUCUGUUUUUCUGAACUGAACAACGAUUUCUGCAGUUAGCGAAACACUUCCCACUUGCACUACUUGAUUUGAGGUUCCAAGGACAGGGUGGUGAGACACCUGGAAACACCAUGGUUUUUGUUUUUGUUUCAAAUCUGUGAAGAAUAUUUGCACCAAAAUGAUUUCCCACUGUAGUUCAGGCAGUCCAACAUAGUGAACUUCUUCAACUCUGUGUAAUCUAUUGUCAGGUGAAUCCUAUCACCUCGGCAACUGCGUAUUUUUACAGUAUUAUUAUGAGUGAUGUCAACUCAGACUCCGCCCCCAGCAAUGAUACAGACAGAGGAGCAGGAGGGGUCGAGAAAAAGGCAGGGAUUGUAAACCGAUCCUGCAGCAUGAGUGAGAGUUCUCCCUCAUCAAAUCCGGUGAAUAGCGGGACAGGAUCAUCUCCAGGAGGGGUAUCUGAUCCCAAAGGAUCCACAGGUGACAACCAAGGGACGAAUUCCGAUGAUACGGAUGGACUAUCGAGUGGAAAUGACUCUGGGGAGAGGGAAAGUGAGAGAGGGAAUGGAUCCAGAUGCAGACAGUCGAACAGAAGUUAUCAGAGUUUCUCCAGUCAGAAUGGAAAAGACUCCGGCAUGUGUGUGGAGACUACGGAGAGCAACAAGAGCUCAAACUCUCACAGCCCGUCUCCACCCAGCAGCUCUCUGGCUUACAGCCUGUUGAGCGCCAGCUCUGAACAAGACCCGCCAUCCACCAGCGGCUGCAGCAGUAAUCAGUCUGCUCGGGUCCAGACCCAGAAAGAGCUGAUGAGAGCCUUGAAUGAGCUGAAGAUCCGUCUGCCACCGGAGAGAAAGAUGAAGGGACGCUCCAGCACUCUUAACGCCCUCAAAUACGCCCUCAGCUGUGUCAGACAAGUCAAAGCCAAUCAGGAGUAUUAUCACCAGUGGAAUGUUGAGGAGUGUCAUGGCUGUAGUCUGGAUCUCUCCACCUUCACUGUUGAAGAACUGGACAAUAUCACCUCCGAAUACACGCUCAAAAAUACAGACACUUUCUCAAUGGCGGUUUCGUUCCUGUCAGGGAAGGUUGUGUACAUAUCCCCACAGGGUUCAUCUCUUCUGCGCAGUAAGCCAGAGAAGCUGCAUGGAGUUUUGUUUUCUGAGCUUUUGGCCCCCCAGGAUGUGAGCACCUUCUACAGCAACACUGCACCCAGCAAACUACCUCCUUGGGCCUCCUGCAUCGGCUCUGUCUCUCCACCGGCGGACUGCACCCAAGAGAAGUCCAUGUUUUGUCGCAUUAGUGGCGACAUCUCAACCAGUGGCGACGUGAGGUACUACCCGUUCAGACUGACCCCCUACCUGCUCACGCUCCAAGACUCUGAUGCGGCUUACCCUCAACCCUGCUGUUUGCUCAUCGCAGAGAGAGUGCACUCGGGAUAUGAGGCCCCUCGCAUUCCUACAGAUAAGAGGAUAUUCACCACCAGUCACACCCCCAGCUGUCUCUUUCAGGAGGUGGAUGAGCGGGCAGUUGCUCUGUUGGGGUACCUGCCUCAGGACCUUGUGGGAACCCCAGUCCUGCUGUACAUCCAUCCAGAUGACAGACCCAUUAUGGUGGCCAUCCAUAAGAAGAUUCUUCAGUUUGCAGGGCAGCCGUUUGAUCACGCUCCCUUGCGGAUGUGCGCACAAAAUGGAGAGUAUCUGACCAUCGACACCUCUUGGUCCUCCUUCAUUAACCCCUGGAGCAGGAAAGUGGCCUUCAUUGUUGGCCGGCACAAAGUCAGAACCUCUCCACUGAAUGAGGAUGUCUUUACCCUGCCGAGGGGUCCGGAGGAGCGGACCCUGUCCCCAGACAUCGUUCAGCUCAGUGAGCAUAUCCAUAGGCUCCUGGUGCAGCCCGUCCACAGCGGCAGCUCUCAUGGCUAUGGUAGUCUGGCCAGUAAUGGAUCCCACGAGCACCAGCCCAGUGCCGCCUCCUCAUCAGACAGCAGUGGACCAGGUCUAGAGGACCCCUCGCAGCUCCACAAACCUAUGACCUUCCAGCAAAUCUGCAAAGAUGUUCACAUGGUGAAGACCAGCGGACAACAAGUCUUCAUUGAAUCCCGCAACCGACCUCCUCCUAAGAAACAUUCCUCUGCAGCUGUUGUGCAAGCAGUUGAAGCAGCAGAUCUGGGCGGCAGUCUCGGUCCUUGUGCUGCUCCACCCUCGAAGAGCUCUGCACCCUCCAUGAUCGUGCAGAAGGAGCCGCCCACCACCUAUUCUUAUCAGCAAAUCAACUCCUUGGAUAGCAUUGUUAGGUAUCUGGAGAGCUGUAACAUCCCAAAUACGGUGAAGAGGAAGUGUGGCUCUUCCUCCUGCACUGCCUCCUCCACCUCUGAUGAUGACGCUCCAGGCAAUGCUAAAGGUCCGUCUCUGUCUCUGGUAGAGGAGAGUACAUUGUUACCCCCAAUGGCCAUGCACAGUAAAGCUGAAAGUGUAGCCUCGGUCACCUCUCAAUGCAGUUUCAGCAGCACCAUCGUCCAUGUGGGGGACAAGAAACCUCCUGAGUCAGAUAUUGUAAUGGAGGAAGCCUCGCCUACUCCAAAUGCUGCUCAUCCUGCUGCUCAACCCCAAGUUCCUCCCACAACGAUGCCCUCUCUGCCCCCUAGCCCUGCUUUUGAUGCAGGGAGAAGAGGAGGUGCAGGAGGAACCGGGGUAGCUGGAGGAUCCGGAGGAGAAUGUUUGGGUCUCACAAAAGAGGUUCUGUCGGCUCACACACAACAAGAGGAGCAGAACUUCAUGUGUCGCUUCAGAGACUUGAGCAAACUCAGAGUGUUUGACCCGACCUCAGCUGUGCGCCGACAAGCAACUGCACCUUUAGCAAGAGGUGUGCGCUGCUCUCGUGAUUACCCAGCAGCAAGUAGUAGUGGGCGUAGACGUGGUCGAGGAGGCAAAAGACUGAAGCACCAGGAAGCUAAAGAGCAGACAGGGUCUAGUAGCCCAGCUGACCCCCUAAGAGGGGUUCCUUCCCUGGACAGGCCCUUUAAUUCCUCCCUACCCAUGGGUCCUUCAGCCAGCUCCUCCUCCUGGCCCACCUCAGGGUCACAAACGAGUGUUCCCUCUGUCCCAUACCCAUCUGGCAUCCUUCCUUUAUAUCCCAUCUAUCCCCCCCUUUCCCAUUCCAUCUCGGAUCCCAGCACACAAACAGGGCUACGCUUCCCCCUUCAGAACUCACAGAUGGCACCUCCCAUGGUCCACCCGAUGAUGGCGUUUGUGUUACCCAACUACAUGUUCCCACAGCCCAACAUGGGUAUGCCUCAGCCCUUCUACAGCCCAAACCCAGCUUUCCCUUUCCCUGCUGUCAACAUGGCCUCCCUGGCGCCCUGUCAGGUCCCGACCCCUGUCCCACGCGCCCACUCUCGCUCCAGCACGCCUCAGUCUUACAACCAAAGAGAGGCAGUGGCUGAGAGAGAAGGAGCAGAGUCUCCACUCUUUCAGUCCAGAUGCUCCUCACCGUUGAAUCUGCUGCAGCUGGAGGAGUCUCCAAGCAACCGGUUUGAGGUGGCAUCAGGCCUACAGACCACAUCUCCUCUGGUGGGACAAGGAGGUGGAGCAGGAGGACAGGCCUCCUCCAAUCAGAGAGGAUCACAAGUGGACUCAAAAGAGAAAGAAAAUGGUGAAACAAAUGAGUCCAAUCAAGAUGCCAUGUCCACCUCCAGUGAUCUGCUGGACCUGCUGUUACAUGAGGAUUCUCGCUCAGGCACUGGCUCAGCCGCCUCAGGCUCUGGCUCAUCAGGCACAGGCUCCUCUGGGUCGGGUUUAGGAUCUUCAGGAUCAGGAUCCAAUGGCUGCAGCUCUUUGGGAAGUGGAACUAGAUGCAGUCAGAGCAGCCAUACAAGCAAGUACUUUGGCAGUGUGGACUCAUCGGAGAACAGCCACUCCCACAAGCAGACAGCAGGGGGUGAUGGAGAAGCAGAGUUCAUCAAAUGUGUCCUACAAGACCCCAUCUGGCUUCUAAUGGCCAACACAGAUGAAAAGACUAUGAUGACCUACCAGCUGCCCAUCAGAGACCGAGAUUCUGUGUUGAAAGCGGACCGUGCUGCUCUGAGAGCCAUGCAGAAACAGCAGCCUCGCUUCACUGAGGAACAGAAGAGCGAAUUGAGCCAGGUUCACCCUUGGAUCCGCACUGGACGCUUGCCUCGUGCCAUCAACAUUUCUGCAUGUGUGGGCUGUAGGUCCACUCCUUCGGUCCCCUCUGCGGCCCCCUUCGAUGUGGAGAUCCACGAGAUGGAGAUCUGCAGUGUUUUAGAGGUGACAGAAGAGGGCGCCACUGCUGAGAAACACACCCAAGCAGACACAGCAAUGGAGAAGAGCGAGGCUGAGGGAGAAGAAGAGACUUGCAAAGACCGAGAGGUUGAGAACUAUGGGACUAUUAUGUCAUCACAAAUCAAUGACCAAGAAAUGAUGAUAGAAGAACAGGAAGUGACCUCACAGAUCGAGGAGGAAAUGGGUGCCUCACUUACACAGAUGACACACUAAAGACACAAUGAGUCAGUGAGAUUCUGAUGGCACCUUUUGUGUGCUCACUAAAUUAUCCAAGUGUAUUUAUUUCUGUAAAGAAAUGUUCAUUAGCCAGGAAGGCUGACAGAUGAUGAAUGUAAAGCUGAAAUGCUUUGUUGAAAGACUGUGAUUAUCAAAAAUUCUGGAUAUUUUGGUUAUUGCAAAGAAGUUCUGAUCUGUUGGCAGGAAAUCAAGGGUAUGUAGCUUUAGACCACUCUGGGUUUGACCUCGAGACACCACCUGUUCAGUUCCAGUUCUAGUCACCUGCACAAACCCAUUUUUGUGGCAUGCUAAACAACUAUUUCAAAUGUUGUCAAAUGGGUAAUUAUAUUAUACACCAAGGACGAUAACUACAACCAUGACUAUAAAGCUUUAAUCAUCUAAUUCUAUAAGAAUAAGGAAGUCCACACCACAGCUAUAUAACACGAUAACGAUUUGGAAUCACCUUCAGAACAUUUGUUUUCCAGAUCAUGAAUCAAAAUUUAAAGCGCUUGAUCAUUUAAAGCAGCAAAUGACAGAACAGCUUAUAAAUAAACAUUAUCAUCCCUUGGUGUGGCCAUGAAUAUAGUUAUGGUUUUAGUUAUCGUUAUAAGUAUGAACGGACCUUUAAACUCUGUGGUGUUAAGUUGACUUUGGUGUUGUAAGAUGUGCAUUUAGACAGGAGAACAGAUUCACUGCCUUUGAGGACAGUCUAACUGUUUCUCACCUUGUGCUUAUGGAUUUCCCAGAUGUUAUGGAAAUGUUAUUAUAUUUUUUUACAGGUAUAUGCAAAGUGGGAAUUUUUGACCAAAUUUACACACCUUUUUUUUUUUUUUAUCAUUCUGUAUAUUUUUUUUUAUACAUUAUUGGUGCAGAAUUGUUCAUUGUUGAAGCUUGGAUGAAUUGUGUGAAAUGCACUGCAGCUCCACAGAGAGUCUCACUGGUCUGUUACAGUUCACGUUCACCACUUAGAUGGCACUACUGUGACCAUGGCAACGUGGACUUUCCAAGCCCAAGGAAACUUCUUUUAGAAUAGCACUUAAGCGAAGGGAAGCUCCAGAGGUCACGGCCAGAAAAAGCUGCCGCCCGUUAAUGGGUCGAAAAAGUGGAGGCUUUUAAUGGUCUGCAUGUGAACUGUACCGUCAACGAAGGAGUUUUAAAAUUAUAGUUCUCCCAAAAAGAGUUGGUAGUGUAUCUCUUAUUUUCCACAAAAGAAGGAAAGUCAUACGUUUAAAAAAAAACAUGGUGAACAAAUUCGGGCAAUUUGUUAAUUUUAACGAAUGAGUGCUGGCAAACAGUAGAAGGCAUUUUUCCUCAUUUGACCUUUUCUCUGUCAGUUUCAGUCUUCAGGUUGUCCUGGAAAAGUUUGUAAGUAUUUUGUGUAUUUCUUUAUAUAUGAAAAAGAAUAAAAAGAUGAUGGUUCA